AUGAAGGUGCCUGUAUUUGAGGAUGUAAAAGAUGACACUGAAGAGGAAAAGGUGGAGGAGGAAGAAAAUCAGGAGGACAAGGCAUUUCUUAAACCUGUUAUUGAAGACCUAAGCAUGGAACUGGCCCGAAAGUGCACUGAUCUCAUUAGUGAUAUCCAUUAUAAAGAAGAGUAUAAAAAGUCCAAGGACAAGUGCACAUUUGUGACUGAUACUCCUAUGCUAAACCAUGUUAAAAAUAUUGGUGCUUUUAUUUCUGAGGCAAAAUACAAAGGAACCAUUAAGGCUGAUCUUUCCAACUGUCUGUAUAAGCAUAUGCCGGCUACCAUUGACAGUGUCUUUGCAAGAGAAGUGUCGCAGCUUCAGAGUGAGGUUGCCUACAAGCAGAAGCAUGAUGCUGAGAAAGGGCUCUCGGAUUACGCCCACAUGAAGGAACCUCCGGAGGUGAGACAUGCCAUGGAGGUCAACAAACGCCAGAGUAAUAUUUCUUAUAGAAGAGAUGCGCAGGACACCCACACAUAUACAGCGGAGCUUGACAGACCGGAUAUCAAGAAGGCAACUCAGAUCUCCAAGAUCAUAAGCGAUGCAGAGUACAAGAAAGGGCAAGGCAUAGUGAAUAAAGAGCCUUCUGUAAUUGGAAGACCAGAUUUCGAACAUGCUGUGGAAGCCUCUAAACUUUCUAGUCAGGUUAAAUAUAAAGAAAAAUUUGAUAAUGAAAUGAAGGGGAAAAGCCACUGUUACAACCCACUGGAAAGUGCUUCUUUUAAGCAACAGCAGCUCGCGACUGCCCUGGCAAGUGAUUGGGAAUAUAAAAAGAAUUUUGAAGAAAACAAAGGAUUGUAUCACUUUGAUGCGGAGGCCAGUGAACACCUGCACCAUAAAGGCAAUGCCAUCCUCCAGAGUCAGGUAAAAUACAGAGAAGAAUAUGAGAAAAAUAAGGGGAAGUCCAUGCUUGAGUUUGUUGAGACUCCAUCAUAUCAGUCUUCAAAGGAGUCUCAGAAGAUGCAGAGUGAGAAAGUUUACAAAGAAGAUUUUGAGAAGGAGAUUAAAGGAAGGUCCUCACUGGAUUUAGACAAGACUCCUGAAUUUCUACAUGUGAAGUACAUCACCAACUUAAUGAGGGAGAAAGAAUAUAAAAAAGAUUUGGAAAAUGAAAUAAAAGGGAAAGGAAUGGAACUUAGUUCAGAAGUCCUUGAUAUUCAGAGAGCAAAGCGAGCAUCUGAAAUGGCUAGUGAGAAAGAGUACAAGAAGGACCUGGAGUCAGAGAUUAAAGGGAAGGGAAUGCAAAUUGACACCGAUACCCUUGAAAUACAACGUGCCAAAAAAGCUGCCAAGAUAGCCAGUGAGAAGGACUAUAAAAGAGACCUGGAGACAGAAAUUAAAGGGAAAGGAAUGCAGGUCAGUGCAGAUACUCUGGAUGUUCGGAGAGCUAAGAGGGCAUCCGAGAUGGCAAGCCAGAAGCUAUAUAAGAAAGACUUAGAGAAUGAAAUUAAGGGAAAAGGAAUGCAGGUGAAUAUGGAUAUCCCAGAUAUGCUUCGAGCCAAGAGGGCAUCUGAAAUCUACAGCCAGAAAAAGUAUAAAGAUGAAGCUGAGAAAAUGCUUUCCAACUAUUCCACUGUGGUAGAUACUCCCGAAAUUCAGAGAAUCAAGAUGACACAACAAAACAUUAGCAAUGUGUCUUACAAGGAAGGAGUAGGAGCUGGUACAGCCCUAAGUAAUACUCCAGAGAUUGAACGAGUGAAAAAAACCCAGCACAAUAUCAGUUCACUCCAGUAUAAAGACCAAAACUAUAAGGCCACGCCAGUAACCAUGACCCCAGAGAUAGAGAGAGUGAGGAGGAACCAGGAGCAGCUGAGUGCGGUUUAUUAUAAAGGUCAACUUGGAAAGGCUACUGCUUUAAGCGUAACUCCUGAAAUGGAAAGAGUAAAGAAGAAUCAAGAAAAUAUUAGUUCGGUGAAAUACACGCAGGACCACAAACAAAUGAAAGGUAGACCAUGUCUGAUCUUAGAUACACCUGCUUUGAGACAUGUUAAAGAAGCACAAAAUCAUGCUUCCAUGGUCAAAUAUCAUGAAGAUUUUGAGAAGACAAAGGGGAGAGGCUUCACUCCUGUUGUGGAUGAUCCUGUGAUGGAGCGGGCGAGGAAGAACACCCAGGUUGUGAGCGAUGCUGCCUAUAAAGGUGUCCAGCCUCAUGUCGUGGAGAUGGACAGGAGACCUGGGAUCAUCGUUGACCUCAAAGUGUGGCGAACAGACCCUGGCUCCAUCUUCGACAUUGACCCCCUGGAGGACAAUAUUCAGUCUAGAAGUCUCCAUAUGCUCUCUGAAAAGGCGAGUCAGUACCAGAGACACCUGUCUCGCUCUCAUUCCAGCAGCACUUUUGGUACAGGUCUAGGAGAUGACAAGUCAGAGAUCUCCGAGCUCUACCCUAGCUUUUCAUGCUGCAGUGAGGUGACAAGACCAUCUGACGAAGGAGCACCUGUUCUUCCUGGAGCUUACCAGCAGAGUCAUUCCCAAGGCUAUGGGUACAUGCACCAGACCAGCAUGUCAUCCAUGAGGUCAAUGCAGCAUUCACCAAAUCUAAGGACCUACCGAGCCAUGUACGAUUACAGUGCCCAGGAUGAAGAUGAGGUUUCCUUCCGAGAUGGUGACUACAUUGUCAAUGUGCAGCCCAUUGAUGACGGCUGGAUGUACGGCACCGUGCAGAGAACCGGGAGAACGGGCAUGCUCCCGGCAAAUUAUAUUGAAUUUGUGAAUUAAUUCUUUCUCCUUGCCCUUUGAGCUUUAUUCUGAUGUAUUCUAAACCCAAUCUUUUUAAAAGAUAGAAGAUACU